UUUUUUUUUUUUUUGGUGGGCCUUCUAUCCAUCACAUCCUCAUAUCCUCACUCAAAAAUGCCGCCACGCCUCCCCUCCUCUUCUUCUCACACUCUUCUCCUCCUUCCUCGACUACUCCCUCGCCCCGCCCUUCCCAUCCGCAUCCGCAUCCACACCCACCACUCCACUCGCCUACUCCUGUCCCCAUCCCUUCCACCCUCCUCCCCUUCCUCCUCCUCCUCCUCCUUGCUCUCAACCGCGCCUUUCCUCAAUAUCACCAUGAGCACCACCAAGAACUCAUACCUCCGUCCUGGCCCGAUCGAGAGCUUUGUCUCCAAUGGCCUCAAGUCCCAGGACUACUAUUUCGAUCUGCCAUUAGAUCACGCCAAUCCCUCCAGCAAGGAGACCAUCGUUGUCUUUGCACGAAAGGUUGUCGCAGUGGAGAAACAGGCCGAGUCCGACAAGAUGCCCUGGCUCAUCUUCUACCAGGGCGGUCCAGGAUUCCAAGGGCCCGCUUAUAACACGGGUUGGGUCAAGACAGCGGCGAAAAAAUAUAACGUCUUGUUGUUGGAUCAGCGCGGAACAGGUCUCUCAACCGCCAUGACGGUCCAGGCGCUGUCCCAGUUCAAAACCCCUCAGGAGCAGGCCGAGUACUUCAUGCACUUUCGGGCGGACUCGAUCGUCCGUGACUCUGAAUUGAUUCGAGAGACUCUUCUUGCCAAAUACGCGGACAAGAAGUGGAGUCUGUUGGGUCAGAGCUAUGGCGGAUUCUGCAUCACGACAUAUCUUUCCAUGUUCCCAGAGUCAAUCACAGCGGCAUACAUCACCGGAGGCAUCCCGCCAGUAUUCGACUCUCUUGAAGACGUUUACCGCAAAUCGUACAAGAGCGUCAUGGCACAUACGGAGCGGUACUAUAAGCGAUUCCCCAUGGACAUCAAACGUGUCAAGAAGAUCAUGAAGUACCUUGCCCUCAACAAGGUCACACUCCCGACCGGCGGUAUCCUCACACCUCGCAAGUUCCAACAACUGGGCAUGAGCUUUGGACUCUCGGGUGGAAUGGACCAUGUGCACACACUCUGCCUUCAGGCCUUUGUGACCUUGAGGGAUGGCAAGGAAGAGCUGUCGAGCUUGUUCUUGAACGAAAUGGCCUCGCAGGAGCAAAUCCCGCCGAUCUAUGCGGUCUUGCACGAGUCCAUCUAUUGUGACGGACCUGGCGUGGCUUCCAAGUGGACGGCGUCUAAGCUGCUGAAUGGAGAGUUCAGGAGCGCGUUCGUUUACUCUGCCAAGGAGUACGAUGCAUUCGAGGACGACGACAACAAGAUCGUGUACUUUACAGGAGAGCACAUGUACGACUGGAUGUUGGAUGACUACGCAUCACUCAGCCCUCUGAAGGAAUGCGCCGAGAUUUUGGCGAAUUAUGAUAAAUGGCCAAAGCUCUACGACCCCGAAGUCUUGGCCAGGAACAAGGUCCCAGUUGCAGCUGCUGUCUACUAUGACGACAUGUACGUCGCCCGCGAAUACUCCGAGAAGGCUGCGGAGGGCAUCAAGGGAAUCCAGCUCUGGAUCACAAACGAGUACAUGCAUUCUGGCCUGCGCGACAAUGAAGGUGUCUUGACAAAACUGUUCAAGAUUGUCAGCUGUGAGAUCGAUGUUCCUGUCGCUUAGGACC